GCAUGUUAACAGGAUAUACAAAAAAUAUUAGGCUUAGCAAGAACAGCCCUAGAAAACUUACCAAGGAUCAGGAAGAAAACAGGGGCUGACUUCAAAACAAAAAGAUUUUGCAGGCUACUGUAUGGACAGUAGCCAUAAGUGGCUGUGAAUGUUGGACCCUUAAAAAUGGAGAAAUUAAGAGUUCAAUUGAAAACUACUGAGAAUUGCAUGGAUACCAAAUAAUGUAAUGACAAUGAGAAGUUUGGUAUGACAAGACAUCACAUCAACACCAUGGAGAGAGAGAAGUUAAAAUUCUUUGGACAAGUGAUCAGAGAAGAAUGGGACUGCCCAGAGAAGACAAUUGUGUGUGUAAGUGUGGAAGAAAGGAAAGGAAAACAAAGAACACGAAUAAAGGAAGUAGAGUGGAUAGAAUAGGGGAUCAAUCAGACAGCAAGGUUAGAAAGGACUACACAAGUACAGGGAGAGCUGGUUUACUGUGUCACCAACUCUCAAAUCAAGGAAGGUUCAAUAAUAAUAAUAAUAAUUCAAACAAAGCCCAGAAGCAUAAAAGUGAAAUUUGUCCAGGCCCCUGAGAAAAAUUCCCUAACUCUCAUGGAAAGUCUCCAGAAUUGUAUAUGAUAGUAAGCGAUUAAGAAUUUCAUUUAGCUGAAAGAGCAAGUUGAUUAAUUGGGAGAAAGAUUGGCACCUACCCAGUCAUUAGGCUGCCACACCCCCAACUUUCCUUUGGCCCCAAUCCCUGUGUGGUUAAUUCAGUCGAAGGUGGGGGAAAGGCAAGCUGCUGAGGUUCUGACAGCUGGUAAAGCUCCUGUAAGGUUUGCACAUGGAAGAGGAGUCGAGUUUGCAAUCUCCCAGCUCCUACUGCCCUCCCUACACUGUAAGAGAGCCUAGGAAAGAAAAAAACCCAGCAAGCUGCGUUGGCCAGGAAUCAAACCCCAACCUCCCACAUGGCAGGAAAGAAUUCUAUCACUGAACCACCAAUGCUCCAGCUUCUCUGUGCUCUUCUCCAUUCAUCUCCCUGUUCAGAUCCUUCUCCCUUUCCCAACCAGUUGGAAAGACAACAUCUGUACAACCACAUCAGCAAAAGGGACCGGGCCAGCUCUGGGGUGAGGCACCCACAGGAGGGAAGGCAGCUGCUGGCAGGGCAGCAGGGGGCAGCAACACCCAGGCACUGGCAGCUCUGCCCACAUCUGCAGCUGCCUGCUGCCCUGUGGCCCAGAGCCCCGUCACCCCCUGGGAGCCUGCUGCACUCUCGUCCUGAGCAGAACCUGAUGAAAACCCACCCUGCCAUGUCACAGGUAACUAUCGGCGCCUCCUGGCACAGGCCGAGCACCCCGGCAGACGGGGCCAAGCAGCCAGCAUCUUCUGCCAGGGUCAUAUCACUGGCCCUGGGCAGUGCCUCCAGGCACUCGGCCUCUUGGGAGGGUGCUGGCAGCUGCCUGCCUGCCUCUCUUGCCUCCAAUUCAAUAGCUGACUGCCUGGGUAGGGCUGCACUGUACUGCAUCUACCAGGCAGCACAGGGACAGGCAUCCUCAACACUGUACAGCCAUCGAAAGGCACCCCGGCUUGGUGCAUUGCAGAGGAGCCCAAUGUUGCUGGGUAAGGCUGGACCUUGGGCCUCGGCUCCCAAUGAAACCAGAGCCCUUGCUCUGAGCCUGCCAGGCUGCGCACUACAGCCUCGUGUCUGUUGCUCUUCAUCACUGAUUUCCCAGCUGCCACUCCCCACCCCUAACUAUGCAUUACUCCACCAAUGCUGUCCUCCUGGCCAGGUACACAGCACCUGCUGUCCCAUCCCAUGGGCCCACUGCACAGAUCCACUGAGUAGAGCUGAUGGAGGCAUCACUCACCCACUGCGUGGCUGCCUGGCAUCAGGGUCCCCCUAGCAGCUCAUCCACAGCAGUGCCUGCCAGAGUCAGCUCUGCUCUCCCUUUGCUUUCCUGGCACUGGAGCCUCUCAUGAUGGGCAUUUGGAAAGUAGCAGACACACAGUGCUGUGUGAGAUAAGGGACCACUCCUAGGGGCUGUGUGUGUAUGUGUGUGUAUGGGUGCCUACUGGUGGUCAGC